CUGAAGUUCACGUAAAAGCAACAGAUAACGAGGUAUUCUUUGAAUGGGAGUUAUCAAGAGUGAAUUCAAUUUAGCAGACACAUCUGGCCUUGAUUCUUGUGUACAUACAAAGCGAUAGAGUUUUGGAUGAGAUUUUGUUUUCAUCGAACAUGAGUAGUUUCGCACUCAAGUCAAAAGAAAACAGAAUACAGAGACCUCGGCCACCACCGGUAACCACCAUGGCCUCUAAUCCGUCUUCGUCCGCGCCCCGUCGCACCGUGGGUUUCGGGACGACCACGAACACUGUCACGGUUGCAAAACCGAUUGGUGCGCAGUACCGUCGAUCCGUGUCCACAGCUAUUAGUAAGACACCGGAUCUACUACACCCUCCCAAGUUUGGCGGCCAACAGCUCUCCAACCGCAGUUGCAAGCCGGACAUCACUAAAAAUCUGCCCUCCAAAACCGUUCAGAAACCACCGUCACAGCCUUGUGAACCGGUGGCCCAGUCAAGGGUUCCCUCCAAAGAAAUAUUUAAAAUUCCAACUGUUGCUAAUAUACCAAAAAAAGCUACACAAGUGGCCAAACCACCUACAACAGUCAAUCAACUCCAGAACAAUUUGAAGGCAGCCACCCUUGAUGAAAAACCUUCUACUGAUCAACAAAACAAUAAAAACAUGGGACUAACAGAUAAAAAAAAUGAAAUGAAAUGGACAUUGGAAAAUUUUGAUAUUGGUAAAGCAUUGGGAAAGGGAAAAUUUGGAAACGUGUAUCUUGCCAGAGAAAAGAGUUCUGGAUUUAUUGUUGCUCUUAAAGUUUUAUUUAAAACACAAAUUUUAAAAGCAAAUGUUGAGCACCAGCUCAAAAGAGAAAUUGAAAUUCAAACUCAUCUAAGGCACCCUAAUAUUGUGCGUAUGUUUGGAUAUUUCCAUGAUGAUGCUAGAGUAUAUAUGAUCCUAGAAUAUGCACCCAAACAGCUCUACAAAGAAUUGCAAGCUCAAGAAAAUCAACGUUUCUCUGAAGAUAGGGCAGCAUUUUAUAUUAAGCAAUUAACAGAAGCGCUGAUUUAUUGCCAUGACAAAAAUAUUAUACAUCGUGAUAUAAAACCAGAGAAUCUUUUACUUACCAAAGGAGGUGACUUGAAAAUUGCUGAUUUUGGGUGGUCUGUACAUACACGGGAUUCAAAGCGUAUGACAUUAUGUGGAACCUUAGACUAUUUGCCACCAGAAAUGGUUAGUGGAAACUCUCAUGACAAAUCAGUUGAUGUUUGGAGCGUAGGUGUAUUAUUAUAUGAAAUUUUAGUUGGCAAACCCCCUUUUGAAGCUUCGACAUAUGAAGAAACAUAUAAAAGGAUAUUAAAUGCUCAGUAUAUUUUCCCGCAACAUGUUGCUCCACUAGCUCGAGAUCUCAUAUCACGUUUAUUAAGAGUGAAACCAGAGACUCGUUUACCUCUCAAGGAUCUGUUACUACAUGACUGGAUAAAAAUACACACCAACCUCUAAAAUUAACAAAUAGUUUUAAGAUUUCAAUUUUAUGAAAUAUAUUUUGUAAGUAAUUAUUUAAAAAAAAAAAUUAACUAGACUUCUUUAAUAAAUUUAAUUUCUCUAUUAUAUUUGUUAUUAUGGUAUUUUAAAAAGUGUAAUUAAACAAAAUAAUUUUAUUGUUAAGACUUAACAUUAAUGACAUUUUUUUGUGUACAACAUUUUUUUUUUGUUCUAUUUUAAAAGCUCUUAAUUUGGUAGUAUUAUUAUACUUUAAGAAAUUAAUUGUCUCAUAUUUUAUUUGAACUAUCAUUAUAUUUUACUAUACUUAUAUUAUUAUAUAGUAUAUGCCAAGAAAAAUUAAAGUUUGCAAUAGUUCUUAAAUUAUUAAUGCCGGUAUAAAAAAAAAAAAAUGUUGUAUACUUUCUUAUUAUUUCAUUUUUACAUUAGUGAAGUUGAUAUAUUUCCUUUCUAUGUAAAAAUAAGUCCACACUAAACUGUGAUUUAUAAUAUAUACCUAUUCAUUAAUAAAUAUAAUUUUAAUGUGUACAUACUAAUAGUAUAUUAUUUUUGACAUUCUGUAGUUGGUAACAUAUUCUAAAUCAAAAUAUUUUUACGAUGGAUGCUAAUAAAAUAAAUACU